AUGGUGUUUUGCAGCUCUUGUCGAAAAGAUGUUCGUACAAAUUAUGACGAAAGUGGCAUCUUGUCAUGUAGUAUCUGUGGGAAAGUUCUGCAGUUCACUAAUUAUUCAACUGAAACCACUUUUGUAAAAGAUAAGUCGGGGCAGAGCCGUGCGGGAGGAACAUUAAUUUGGUCUGUUGAAAGAGAAAACGCUUCACGGGAGAGGUUGUAUGAAAGAGCAUAUGAUGACUUGCUAAACAUAAAAAGUGGCUUAGGCAUGGGUGAAAAUCUUGCCAUAGUUGACCAAGCUAUGGUGUAUUACAGAAUAGCAGUUGAAAGGAAUUUCACUAAGGGGCGUAGGACAGAUCAAGUACAGGCUGCUUGUCUUUACAUUGCAUGUCGGUUUAUCAGGGGGAAAAACAAGGAAAUUUCUGAUGAUGCACUGACCAUUAUAGCAAGCAUGAAUCACCAUUGGAUACAGACAGGGAGAAGGCCCAGUGCAUUAUGGGGUGCAGCAUUAUAUAUAUCUGCACUUUCACAUGGUCUCAACUGUUCCAAAUCUGACAUCAAAUUGACUGAAGAGCAUGUUGAGACAAGGGUGGAAGGUGGGGAAAAGGCUUUUCUGAGAGGUGAUCAUGAGUUAAGGUUGGUGCAUGUUUGUGGAAAAACACUGUCAAAAAGAUUGGUUGAAUUCGAGAAUACAGAGUCUGGGAGCUUAACGAUUGAGGAACUGAAUGCAAAGGCGGAGGAGCUGAAAGAAAGUUCAAUGCCACAUAGAAAUUUUGGGGAGCCAUCUAGCUCAAAGGAGCUGCUUUGUCAACACAAGGGUACAAAUAGACCUCCUUUUGGAUUUGGACUCUGUAAAGAUUGCUAUGCUAUAGUAAUAGGAUUUGAAGGAGGAUCAGAUCCUCCAGCCUUCCAGAAUGCUGAGAGGCAAAGAAUGAAAAAAUCAUCUAUUACGCACAACGCGAGUGACUCAAAUUCGUUUGCAGAAGAAUUAAACGGCCAAUGCAAGACCAGAGUUGAAGAAAGGCCAACACACAAGCCCAACGGUGAUGGAGCUGCUCCAGCCCAUUUAGGCAGCGAUUCUGAUAAACUGCAUGGUGUGGAUGAUAUGAGUUCUAAAGCUUUUGACGAGUCAGAUGGCUUUUCUGAUAUUGAUGAUGCUGAGGUUGAUAGUUACCUUCACAACGAGGAGGAAAAACGUUACAAGAAAAUCAUUUGGGAAGAAAUGAAUCGAGAAUAUCUUCAGGAACAGGAGGCCAAAGAAGCAGCUGCAGCGACUCUUAGGGAAGCUUGGGAGGAGAAUUUCAAGAAUUGCCCAGAGGACUUGCAAGCUGCAAAGAAACUUGAUGCUGCUGUAAAAGCCGAUUUAGCAAAAUCUAAAAAGGAAAUGCAACAAAAGCGAGCUGCAGAAGCUAGGAACUCAGCUCCUGCUAAAUCUGCUGCAGAAGCUGUCCAUCGAAUGCUAACUAAGAAGAGACUCAGUUCGAAAAUCAACUAUGAUGUAUUGGAGAAACUCUUUGAGGAUUCUGAGGCCAAGGAUGCCAAGAAACAGCAAACUGAAGCACAUUCUGACACUGUUGACAAGGGGCACCAUACAGACGGCAGGGAUCGGGAAUUGGAGGAUACUAAUGAAAAUGAUGGUUUGGGGCCACUGGAUGAAAAUGAAGGUGAUGCUGUUGGAGAAACAUAUGAUGAUUUUCUUUAUGAUGAAAAUGUUUCUGAUGAUGACUAUGGUAACAGUUUAUGGUAA